AUGGCCUCGCAAGGAAUGGACGAAAACUACUGCGCAAAAGAUUGGUGCUUUAUUGAGUCACAAACCUGGGUCGGUAGCGACUAUGUCAGGUAUGACCCUGAAAUAUGUUUCGUGGAGAACCCGCCGGAGAUUUGCGAGGACACCUCUUUCGACCCAGAUAUCAUUGAUUCUACACUUCAGUCUGUCGUCGGGCUGUACGAGCCGGACUUGUACUGUGACGAGUGUUUCCUCAAAAUCUGGAGACAGCGCCUACUUUCGCCAUUUCUCACUACUGGAGACUGGACUCAAUUUCGCAUCGACGCAUUCGAAGAGCUGCAAAGCAACUGCUCAAUCCACAUGCCUUAUGUCACUUCCGACUAUUCACUGUUCGUUGGUACUCCAACAGCCACGCCAACUGCGACAUCCGCAAUACACAUCCCCCCAGCAUGCACAUUUGAUCUAGCGAGCGGACAGUACAUCUGUCCUACUGCGUCAACUUCAUGUACGGGACAGAUCGUAGAAGCCAACCCUGAGCUUCGCGGUUGUAGCGCCAUUGCAGAUGAAUUCCACGUAUCCACCGGCGAUCUGAGAGUGGCCACAGGAAACGACUUCUGCGCCUUCCAGGAACAGAUCUGCCUUCCCUUGCCUUGUACCACUAUCGAGAUAACUAAGUACGAUGAGACAUGCUCCGAUAUGGUCAAGCAAAUCUCGAAUUCGACACACAGAGUCACACAGGAACAGUUCAUGGGCUGGAAUCCUCAUCUGAUGGGUCCUUGCGAUAGCAUGGCGUUAGGACAGCGUAUCUGCGUAAGAUACGACCAAGAAGCACACCUCUGUAUUGUCUGUCCGAGUAUUCACGAUGCAGACGAGAUCUUCGAGCAGAAAAUCUGGUAUCCAUUGGAAACUGCUUUGGAGUUUUGGCUCGGUCAGGUCCGCAAGGGGAGAAUUGCUACUCCGCAUGAAGGCGAGAACGAGGACUUGGUCAACGAGCGCUAUGAUCCCUGGCAAUUCAUUCCAUACAACGACACCAUGCUAGAAGAGAAUGUCGAUGCUUUCAAUCGUCUGGUAGAAGCCAUCGAAGCUCGCAUGCCUUCGGCAUACAGGCCCGCAGAAGCUGAAGGAAUUGUACAUGGGCUAGUGGACGAGAGCGCACUCCAAUCCAUAGAUCUCCCGCCGAGGUUUGCAUACAAAUUUCUCUGUCGAGCACGACGUCCCCGCUUUCAGAUGAUAGCUCCAGGUCUUGAGAUCCUCACCAGUUCCACAUUCUCCGAUCAGCCCUUCCGCUCCUACUUCUCUUCUUCGGAACCUGAAUUCCCUCCGAUUCUUCUUUUCCGAUCCGGAUCCAACUACAAGGACGACACGACGCCACAUUUUGUCACUGGCGAACCAAUGCCUAGCCUAUUUACCGGCUUCAGUCGCAUAACAUGCUUUCCUGCAGGUCUAUAUCUGCUUCCAACUGGAGAGGUGAGAGCUGAGGACGAAUGCAUGUUAAUACUCCCCUUUGGUAUAGGGUCAAACGGAUAUGCAAGGAAGAGCGAUGGAAGCAGGUUCGGACGAAGUAGGACUGGGGGAAAUAGUCACGUGGAUCUAUAUCGUCCGGGUUAUCAGCCAUUUGAGGAGCAGCAUGAGCAGAGUCUUGUGGACGUUUUGAAGAAUUGGAAGGGUAUGGUAGAGAGGGGCGAUUGGCAGAUUGAUGAAAAUGGAGUUGCAGGCGGGAUGGAUGUAUGGAGAGAGGCAGAUAGUGAGGAGAAAUGGGAGGCAUAUGUGAUUCCGAGGGCCGUGGAGGGAGUAGAGAGGUAG